UCUGUUGAUGUAAGGAAACAAACCAGAAUUUGAGAACUGACAUUGAACUGUCUAGUUCGGCAUGAGGACGAAGCCAAACCAGAACCAAGCUGUUGCGAUUAAGGCAGUUAGUUAGCUGAAUGACAUGCUAAGGUCCAGGUUCAUCCCUUAGAAGUCUGCUGAAAUGCCUCAAUCCAACAAGUCUGUGAGCGGCGGCGGCGCUCCAAGUCAGUUAGCCGUUCCGGAGCAGGGAGAGCCCCCGCCGCCGGAUAUGAGGCCGGCUGCUGGAGAAGAGGGCGUGGACCCAGAGGAGCGGGGAGACCUGGAGAUCAUCAAAUCCCCCAGUGACCCCAAGAAGUACAGAUACAUCGAGCUCAGCAACGGACUCCGGGCUCUGCUCAUCUCUGACCUCAGCGGCACCGAUCCGACUGAGCAGGGCGGGGCUGGGGAGGUGGAGGGUGAGGAAGGAGAGGAGGAAGGAGGCUCUUGUGAGGGCUCUGAACAGGAGGAGGAGGAGGAGGAGGAGGAGGAGGACAGAGAUUCAGAUGAACUGGGCAAAGAAAAGGCCACAAAGAAGAAGAGCUCAGAGAAGCAGGCGGCGGCGGCGCUCUGCAUCAGCGUUGGGAGCUUCAGCGACCCAGACGACCUCCCAGGCCUCGCCCACUUCCUGGAGCACAUGGUCUUCAUGGGCAGUGAGAAGUACCCGGCAGAGAACGACUUUGACGCUUUCCUGAAGAAGCACGGAGGCAGCGACAACGCUUCUACCGACUGCGAGAGGACCAUCUUCCAGUUCGAUGUGCAGAGGAAGUAUUUUAGGGAUGCCCUGGACAGAUGGGCCCAGUUUUUCAUCUGUCCUCUGAUGAUCGAGGACGCCGUGGACCGAGAAGUGGAGGCCGUGGACAGCGAGUAUCAGUUAGCCCGACCCUCUGACUCCCACCGUAAGGAGAUGCUGUUUGGAAGCCUGGCCAAACCGGGACAUCCCAUGGGAAAGUUCUGCUGGGGUAACGCCCAGACAUUAAAACACGAGCCCAGAGAGAAGCAGAUCAACACCUACGAGAGGCUGCGAGGGUUCUGGAGGAGAUAUUACUCUGCUCAUUACAUGACACUGGCCGUCCAGUCAAGAGAGUCGCUGGAAACCCUGGAGGAGUGGGUGAGGGAGAUUUUCAUCAAGAUACCAAACAACGGCGAACCCCGACCCGACUUCUCCCACCUGCAGGAGCCGUUUGACACGCCGGCCUUCCACAAGCUCUACAGAGUGGUUCCUGUGAGGAAGGUCCACGCUCUGACCAUCAGCUGGGCCGUACCGCCGCAGGGGAAACACUACAGAGUGAAGCCUCUUCAUUACAUCUCCUGGCUGAUUGGACAUGAGGGGCCCGGCAGCAUCCUGUCUCUGCUCCGGAAGAAGUGCUGGGCUCUGGCGCUGUUCGGAGGAAACAGUGAGACGGGCUUCGAUCAGAACUCCACCUACUCCAUCUUCUCAGUCUCCAUUACCCUCACAGACCAGGGCUACCAGAACUUCUACCAGGUGGUCCACUUGGUGUUCCAGUACCUGAAGAUGCUGCAGACUCAGGGACCCCAGCAGAGAAUCUACGAGGAGAUUCAGCAGAUUGAAGACAAUGAGUUCCGCUACCUGGAGCAGACGGAUCCCAUUGAGUUUGUGGAGAACAUCUGUGAGAACAUGCAGCUGUUCCCCAACCAGGACUUCCUGACCGGAGACCGACUCAUGUUCCACUACGACCCAGAGGUGAUCCAGGCUGCCCUUUCCCUGCUGACGCCGCUCAGAGCCAACCUGCUGGUGCUGUCUCCAGAGAACGAAGGCCGCUGUCCGCUCAGGGAGAGGUGGUUCGGUACCAGCUACAGCUGCGAGGAUAUCCCAGAGGAGUGGGAGCAGCGCUGGAAGGCAGAUUUGGACCUGAACCCAGACCUUCAUCUUCCAGCAGAGAACCGCUUCAUUGCCACGGAUUUCAGUCUGAAGACGUCCGACUUUCCGGACACCGAGUUCCCGGUCCGGAUCCUGAACCUGGACCAAGGAGCUCUGUGGUACAAGAAGGACAACAAGUUCAAGAUCCCUAAAGGCUACAUUCGCUUCCACCUCAUCUCCCCCAUCAUCCAGGAGAGUCCUGAAAACCUGGUUCUGUUCGACCUCUUCAUCAACAUUUUGGCCCACAACUUGGCUGAGCCGGCCUACGAGGCUGACGUGGCCCAGCUGGAGUACAAGCUCAUGGCUGGAGAGCAUGGGCUGAUGAUCCGGCUGAAGGGUUUCAACCACAAGCUUCCGUUGCUGCUGAAACUGAUCGUUGAUCAGCUGGCGGACUUCAGCACCGAGCCCAGCGUCUUCUACAUGUUCUCAGAGCAACUGAAGAAAACUUACUUCAACAUCCUUAUCAAGCACGACAGGCUGGGAAGGGACGUUAGGCUGCUGAUCCUGGAACACCACCGCUGGUCGGUCAUGCAGAAGUACCAGGCCCUCACCCAAGGUCUGAACAUCCAGCAGCUGAUUGCGUUUGCUACGGCGCUGAAAGCUGAGCUCUACGCCGAGGGGCUCGUCCAGGGGAACUUCACCAGCGCUGAGUCCAUCGAGUUCCUGCAGAUCCUCACUGAGAAGCUGCAGUUCCGCCCUCCGCCUGUAGAGGUCCCUGUUCUCUUCCAGGUGGUGGAGCUGCCUCCCAAACACCAUCUAUGUAAAGUCAAGUCUCUGAACAAAGGAGAUGCUAACUCUGAGGUCACUGUGUACUACCAGUCUGGCCUGAAGACGCUCAGGGAGCACGCUCUGAUGGAGCUGAUGGUGAUGCACAUGGAGGAGCCCUGCUUCGACUUCCUGAGGACCAAGGAGACGCUGGGGUACCAGGUGUAUCCAACCUGCAGGAACACUUCAGGGGUUCUGGGGUUCUCCGUUACCGUAGAAACCCAGGCAACCAAGUUCAGCUCGGAGCUGGUGGAGCAGAAGGUGGAGGAGUUCCUGCUGCUUUUUGGCGAGCGUCUGUCGUCUGUGAGCGAGGAGACGUUCCAGGCCCAGGUAACGGCGCUGAUCAAGCUGAAGGAAUGUGAGGACGCCCACCUUGGCGAGGAGGUGGACCGCAACUGGUUCGAGGUUGUGACCCAGCAGUAUGUCUUCGACAGACUUAACAAGGAGAUCGAAGCUCUGAAAGUCUUCACUCGGGAGGAGCUUAUCUCCUGGUUCUGGCAGCACCGUGGCGGCACCGCCAGGAAGCUCAGUGUGCAUGUGGUGGGUUUUGGGGUGGAGGAGAACGACCUGGAGGACCAGAAGCCUGGUGACCUCGCCUCCUCAGCCUAUGGUCCAGUGAGCGAGCUGACCUUCCUGCCGGUUCUGGCACCGGCGCUGCAGGAGGCUUCACUCAUCACCGACAUCAGAGCAUUCACCUCGUCCCUCCCCCUCCUCCCUUACCACAAAGUCCUUAGCUAAGCCCCCCCCAACCCCUACCUGUAAGGGGCAUCUCUGUUUGUAUCUCUUUGAAUACUAUGAUGCUGCGUUUAUUUCCUGUGGGAGACUCUGAGUUUCUUAUUGGACUAAGUCUGGAAAGAAACAGCCAAUCAGCUGGGAGAACAGAAACAGGAAGUAAGAAUGUUGAUUCUAACUGUAAUGAUGAAGAUUCCCACAGUCAGUGAAGGCAGCAUGAAAACUCAG